AUGAAUGAUCAACAAACUUGUAUUAUUGAAAAUGGAUCCUAAGUUAUCAAGGCCGGUAAGCCAAAGUACCCCAGUGUUUUGAUGGGAGUUGAUUCAGACAAUGAAUAUAUUGGCGAAGAGGCUAAUCAAAAGAGAGGGGUCUUAAAGAUUUGCUACCCCAUCGAAAAUGGUAUCGUCAAAGAUUGGGAUGAUAUGGAAAAAAUCUGGAACCAUACCUUCUAUGUUGAACUUAGAGUUUCCCCAGAUGAGCAACCAGUACUCUUGACUGAGUCACCACUCAAUCCAAAGAUUAACAGAGAGAAAAUGACUCAAAUUAUGUUUGAGACAUUCAAUGUUCCUGCUCUCUAUGUUGCUAAUCAAGCUGUCCUAUCUCUCUAUUCCAGUGGUAAAACCACUGGAAUAAUUUGCAAAGCUGGUUAUUCUGUUACACAAACAAUCCCCAUCCUUGAUGGCAAUCCCAUUCCCCAUGCCAUCCAAAAAAUUCAACAUGCCGGUAGAGAUCUCUCUUAUUUCAUGGCUAAGCUCCUCUCUUCUGAAAGAAGUUUAAUGCUAAUAUCACCAUUUGGUACAGAAAUUGUUAAUGAUAUCAAGGAAAAAUUAUGCUUUGUCGCUUUGGAUUACGAGUCUGCUCUUAAGCAAUCUCAUGAUAACACCCAAUUCGAGAAGAACUACGAACUCCCGAAUGGUAAAGUCAUUACCAUAGGUAACGAGAGAUUCAGAUGCCCUGAAUGCUUAUUCAAGCCACUAGAAAUGAGUGGAAGAGAGGUUAGCUCAAUCCAAGAUUUGACUUACAGUUCAAUUUAAGAGUGCGAUAUUGAUGUCAGAAAAGAACUCUAUCAAAACAUCAUUUUAUCUGGAGGUACCACUAUGUAUGAAGGAAUUGGAGAAAGACUCCUCAAAGAAAUUGAAAGCAGAGCACCAAAAUCAGUUACAGUCAAAGUUAUUGGCAACCCAGACAGAAGAUUAGACGUUUGGAGAGGAGGUUCAAUCCUUACUUAACUUUCGAAAUUCCCUUCAAUGUGGAUAUCCAAAGAAGACUACGAUGAGCAUGGAGUCGAAAUAAUACACAAAAAGUGUAAUUGA